GUGAUACCUUCUUUAGGCUCUUCUGAGAGCUUCUUUUCUUCUAGUAGCUUUUCUGAGGCUUUGUUAUCUAAUGUGGCUACUAAUUUUCAACUUCUGGAUAUUUUUUCAAAUUUUUCUAAAUUCUAUAAUAGUGUUCCUUCCUUAAUGGCCCCUUUAAUAGAUU